AUGAAGAGUGAUCACCCAAAGUACAAACCCAUAAAAGUCAAAUCCAAAGUUAAAGUUUGUACAAACAAGAAUACAUCGAAGACAAAGGUGUCGACAACACCAUUAGCAAAGGUCGCUAAACAACAAAACAUUAAUAUAAAUAAUAUUCAAGAAUGUGCGCAACGUGUGUGCAACACUUUUGCUAAAAACGUUAACAGAUUCCUAUAAGUUACAUAAGAAGCCAUUAUUCGUUUGUUUUAUAGACUUUCGUAAGGCAUAUGAUAGUGUAUGGCGAGAGGGUUUAUUUUUCAAGCUCAUCCAAUAUGGUUGUAGUAAGAAUUUUGUACGCAUAUUAUUAAAUAUGUACUCCUCAGUUAAAUAUAUAAAGUCAAACUUUCUUCGGGAAGUACUCCAGUAUUUUCGUCAAACAUUGGUUUAAAACAGGGUUGCAACAUGAGUCCAUCUUUAUUUAAUGUCUUUAUCAAUGAUAUACCUGAAUUACUAAAUACUUCAAAUUGUGAUUCGGUGCAUCUACAAUCCUGGACAAAAGUGUUGGGACACUCAGCCUUUUCCACCCUUGAAUUCUAAAGACAACGCCCACCUCCCCUCCCACACCCCAAUUCAAUGUUGAAAGUUCUUACAAUUUUAGUUAAGGAUGCCCCCAAAAUCAAAAUUAAACGGGGGAGUGGAGGGGGGUUCGGUUCAAAAGCAUAUUUUGCGUUAAAUCUGCUUUCCCUGAAGAGAACAAUAAAAACAUUCGAAAAUUUUGGGUUGUCCCUAGGACUUUUGUCCAGGAUUGUCGGAAUUUAGAUGAUAAACUAAUAAUGAAAUUUGGACGAAAAUCUUUGUCGUUUUGACAAUAGAUGAUCUUUUAACUAAUUAUAUUCAUAUACUCGGAGAACUAGCCUUGAAAAACAGUUUUUUAACUAUAAAUGAUAGGGCUACCGUUGUUAAAUAUUUUUAAAUAAUAAUUUUAAAUAAUACUCUCGAAGAUGUAGAAAACAGUGAACCGGACUGAGCUGAAGAGCAGAUGCACUUAGAUAAUGUCAUGGUUAAAUAGGGCAUUUUAAUCCAUUCCUAAUCUCCCUCUCAGUUGGAUACAGUACAGUACAUACUAAAUUAAUUCCUAGUAAUUGUUAGCAUUUAAAUCGUAGAGCAACAGUUUCAAAAUGUGAAUGCAACAUGUUUAAUAGAAGAUUUUUCAUUGUAUGUUUCUGUGUUUAGAUUCUUGAGCAGCAAUUGCAACAAAUGAAAGCAACAUAUCAACUCAACCAAGAAAAACUGGAAUAUCAUUUCCAAGUUUUGAAAAAACGAGAUGAAGAAAAUACCAUCACAAAAUCGCAGCAGAAAAGAAAAAUGACCAUGUACGUCAAUAAUGUGGGGUCAUGUGUAGGCAG